GCGGGACUUCCCGUCCCGGUGACGCCUAACCAAGACGGCCACGGUAGAGCCAGCUGCUUUCUAGGCUGACAGAAAUGGACUCAGAAAUCAAGGAAGAAAUUCCUGUGCACGAGGAAUUCAUUCUAUGUUGUGGAAUUGAAACCCAGGUUCUAAAGUGUGGGCCCUGGACUGACCUCACUAGCGAUCAAAUUGCCAACAGGCCUAAGCUGCUUAUUUUCAUUAUUCCUGGUAACCCAGGUUUUUCUGCCUUUUAUGUGCCUUUUGCAAAGGCUUUGUAUUCUUCAACAAAAAGACGCUUUCCAGUUUGGGUUAUCAGUCAUGCUGGGCAUGCCUUGGCCCCCAAAGACAAGAAGAUUCUUACAACCUCAGAUGAUCCAAAUGCUCAAGAAAUUAAGGACAUCUAUGGACUCCGUGGUCAAGUAGAACACAAGCUAGCUUUCCUGAGAACUCAUGUGCCAAAGGAAAUGAAACUUGUGGUCAUUGGCCAUUCCAUAGGCUGCUAUUUCUCCCUUCAGGUUCUGAAGCAUGCCCCUGAGCUCCCAGUAAUUCGCUCUUUUCUGCUCUUUCCAACAAUUGAGCGAAUGUCCGAGUCACCCAGAGGCAAGCUUGCCACUCCACUUUUGUGCUGGUUUCGAUAUGCUUUCUAUGUUCCUGGCUACUUACUACUUAAACCGUGGCCUGAGAAAAUCAAAUCCUUGGUGAUCAGAAUGCUCCUUCGAAGGAUGAACCUACAGAGCGAAUUUUCGUUUCUGAAUAUGUUGGAACCGUUCUGCCUCAUUAAUGCUGCCUACCUUGGGAGCCAAGAAAUGAUGGAGGUGGUGAAGAGAGACAAUGAAACCAUAAAGGAACAUUUAUCUAAGCUUACAUUUUACUAUGGUACUAUAGAUGGUUGGUGUCCAAAAGAGUACUAUGAAGACAUGAAGAAAGAUUUUCCAGAAGGAGAUAUUCGACUCUGUGAGAAAAAAAUACCUCAUGAUUUUAUCCUCUAUUUUUACCAGGAAAUGGCAGAUAUGGUAGCUGACUGGCUAAAGGAUGAUCUGUCCAAAAUAUAAAUACUGACACAAGGAGCAAGCACUGACAGCUAGUACAUAAAGGCAGUAGGUGUACUUAGUAGUAAGUAGUAUACUUAGUAGGUAAAUGUUUAAUUUGAAUGUUGGAUAUUAGAAGAGAAAAACAGUGAGACCCUCUUGGCUUAAAAACUAUCAGUUCCCAGCUCCCCAUGCUACAGACUGAAAUAAACACAGUUGAUCAAUAUUCCAUAGGAUUAACAACACAUUUUCCAAGACUCAGGGAACACAGUGAUCUAAACAAAGUCUCUUAUGUUUGCACGAGAUGCCCAGUGGCACCAUACAGUUUAUUUUGGUAGGCAAGAUCCUUUCAGACAAAAGGAAAUCUAAAUUUAGUUGAUUUUAAUUGAGUUACAAUGUAGAAUAGGCUCCCCUAGAGAAAAUUAUGAAAGACCUACUAGAAAAUGUAAGAGACCGCUGAAUGUUAAGUGUGUAGUCGGAUAUGUGAAGCAUGUGAGAUCAUGAGAAGGAUACACUCAAGUCCCGCUGACUGCAGAGAUGGUUGAUGAUAGAUAGAAACAUUCCAUUUUCUCCUAGAGGAAAUCCCUCACGGUGUCCCAUUCCUUAAGGACAAUGGGAUGUUGUCCUUCUUCUCAAACCCUAAAGCCCCCUGAUGAAAGAUUCACCUCUGAUAUGUGCCAGCCCAGUGGUGAGCACUGUGUGAGUUAUGACCCUUUGGCGUGGCUGCCAUGUCAGAGCAAAUGACUUCUCAGAGGGGAGGAGCCACGCUCCAGGCAAGCAGUGCUCUUGGCCCCGGAAAGGAGCCGGUAGAUGCCUAAGCCUCUGGCGCAAGGCUGCAUACAGAGUCCUUAUUGGCAACUGUGUAGGGAAGCCUUCUAGAAAUCUGAUGUUAGGAGCUCGGUCUCAUGGCUUGAAGUGCCUUGCAUACAGGAGAUGCUCAGUAGUACUAAGCAAGUACUGGGUACGUCAUGCUGCUGGAAUGAAGAGUAACACGCCCAGCUUUCCUUUUAGCGUGACCUUACAACAUCGCUUCCUAUUUCAGGAGUCCACAUGUAUGAAAUUAUGUCUGAUAAACCAAAGGUUACCAGAGCUUAAAAAAUGAUAAGAAGUAAAAUGAUAAAGUAAAUUUCCUGUUUAUCAUCUAAGCACCAAAUGAAUUUUCAAAAUAAGUGUUUUACCCCCACUUUCUGACCUUGCCUGGCCUGAUCUCUGUGUGUUGGGGGAGGAGGGGUACAAUCCUAGCAUCCUCCUGAGUUAGACUCGGGUCAGAGUCUCUCUGUUAAGCUGAAAAGCCACUUUCUCAGUGCUUCUUGUAGAGAAGGAAGAAUCAGAUUUCAGGAGAUUGAAGUUCAUUUUAUUUCAUUAGGAAUUAAGCAAAAAUGUUUCCGUGCAUAUGUAUUAGGUGAUAGGGUAUGUGAACUCUGGAGGUCUUACUGUCUGUGUGAUUUUAGACAACUUCAUCUAAUUUCUCCAUGCCUCAAUGUCCUCAUUUAUAAGAUAGGAUUAAUAAUAAUAUGUACCUCAUAUUGUUGAAGUAUUCAAUGGGAUGAUUAAAUAAAAGCCUUUAGCACAAUGCCUGACCAAGAGUAUCUUCUCAAUAAAGACUGGCUAUAUUAAUAAUAAUUAUUAUUAAACAUCAUCAUAAUAAAAAAUAAAAGACUAAAGUUGGUAAGCAGUGGAUGAAAUCCAUUUUCCAGAAGCAUUUCUGCCUGUAUAUCCCGGUCAGCCACUUGAAUGGCCCUUGUCAAAGAUUUAAUAACUUCAUCUGGGGUUAUCUAGGGCUGAUUGAAAGGCCUAAACUGGAAAUCAUGACCAGUUGUUCUCAGUCUGCUCUGGACCAUGGGGGAGAAUCUCCAGAGGCAGCCCCUGUGGCUUUUUGUGGCCAGGUGUCCAAGGCAGCAGCCCUUUCACCAUUGGCCUCUCCACUCAACCCUUGGAGAGCCAGUGACCUCCAAAGGCUUGAUUUUUCGUUAUCCUACAUUAUAUUAAAAUUAAAUUUAAUUCCAGACGUGAGGAGACACAACAACUUAAUAUAAUACCUGAUUCUGGAUUAGAUGUUUUUGUUAUUAAAAAAAGCUGUUGGGACAGUUUGCAAAACUUCAUUGAAUGGGAUCUGAAGAUUAGCUGGGAAUAAGAGACCAAUGUUAAUUUUCUGAUUUCACUGGUUGUAUUGUGGACAAGUAGGAAAAUGUCCUUAUUUGUACUGAAGACACACAAGUGCCAGGGAACCAUGGGGCAUUAUGUCAAUUUACUCUCAAAUGGUUCAGAGAAAAAAAAAGUUCUUUGUUCUUGCAACAUUUUUGUAAGUUUGAGAUGAUUUUGAAAUAUAUACGAAUAAUUAUUUUUUAAAAA